AAGAUGUAUUUUUUAUAUAUAUUUUUUAAUAUCUGAAAAAGGAUUACUAAAAACACUAUAUAUAGCUCAGUUAUAUUAAGAAAAAAUAACAAGGACGAGCCAAACAAAAUCUUAGAUUUUUGUUUAAUAAAGGCCUGCAAAACAAAGUACCUCCAUAUUUGGCCUUCAGGCAAACCUAGCUUAUUACAUGCCGGCAUAAUGAUCACAUAUUCUCUUUUAGUCUCUUGAGUUUUUAUUAGUGGACAAGUGGCACUUCUGUCACUGUACUGUGGAAAUGACUGGAAUGAAGCUGUGCGCCAUCAGUGGUCAGAAACCUCUAUAAGGCUGAAGGGACGGACAUCCUGAUACAAACACAACAACUGAUCAACUAACUGAUCAUUGGGUAAGCCUUUAGAGAUAUUUUGUUGAUUGAUACACUGCAAAUAGAGCAGAAGAUACAUUUUAUGUGGACAUAUUGGGGCUACAGAUCUAUCUUCUGCAAAGAUGAGCCACGUGAAGCGAUUCCAAAGUAUCCCCAUGUCAAAGUCCAUGCGGGGUUUGUGUAAAGAGGAGGACUAUGCAUUUCUGGAAACAUCAGGAAGCUCAACCGAAGGCUACACAGAGGACAAGGUAGCUUUGGAGGAUGACUGGAAGGACAAAAAGGAGGCCUGUCGACAUUUGGAAUGGGAGCACCAGGAAAAGGAACGACUUAGAGGAAUAGAAGAAAGCAAGAAGGAAAAAGAGCAGCAGUGGAGGACUCACAUUGCAGAAGUGACGUCCAACCAGAAGAAGACUCUGCAAGACAGACUGACAAGACUCCACAGAUUCAGAGAGUUCCAGAGGAGGAUUUUAGCAGAAGAGGAGGAGAUGGAAGGCGUGGCCGUCGACCAACUAUUCCCAGGCAUCACAGGACACCAAGACUAAGUUGUGGAUAGUUGCUUUAACAGCCCUAACAGUUACUUAACCAAGUAAGCAUUAAGUUAACAAUGGCAUAGUGUUGUGAAACUGUUGUGAAUUCUUAGAAUCAUUAGUAUCAUUUGAUUGGCAGUACUCAAAAUACUGCAAACCAAAUGAGUGUUGGGGGCCGCCUCAAUGAUUUUAAAAACUGUAUUGACCCUGUCAACACAAUAGUGGUUCAAGAACCAAUUCCCUUCUUACUUAAGAACAAAACGUCCCCAAAAUGGAUACAGGAAGUCAGGUUUAAAAAAUGUACCUUCUUAUGCUAAACUCAUGAUAGGGUAGUCCCAUUUUACCAGAUGAACUCACAUUCUGAUGGUAACUAGGAUUAAUUUUGCGAGACAACUUUGCAAAUCCGGUUACAGGGUUACUGUGCAGUCUGGAAAGUAUGGAAUUUUAUCUUAAUAUUUUACAGGUCUGGAUAAGUAUGAAAACAAAUACGGUACUGUGCAAAUGUUUUAGACAGGUGUAAAAAAAUGCUGUAAACAAAGAAUGCUUUCAGAAAUAUAAAUGAUU